CGUAAGUAACAGAGAUUCAAACAUUUCUUGCAAAAAUGGUUUCUUCUUCAUCGGAAGUAACGAUAAUCUCAAAAUGCUUCGUCAAACCAAAAACCAUCACCGAGAAAGCAAAAGAGCCAUAUCAUUUAUCACCGUUGGAGCAUGUGAUGCUUUCUAUGCACUACAGCCAAAAGGGUCUUCUCUUUCUCAAACCAUCAUUUGCUAAAUCUGAAGAUGCAAAAUUUUUCAUGCAGACUUUUCUGCAGAAGCUUAAAGACUCGCUAGCCACAUCACUAGUCCAUUUCUUUCUGCUCGCGGGUCGCCUCUCGACUUUGAAAACUGACAAUCCAAGAUAUUACUCAGUGUUUGUGGAUUGUAAUAACAGUCCUGGAGCUGGAUUUAUCCAUGCUGAAUCAGAUCUAAGUGUAUCAGACAUUGUUGGAUCCAAAUAUGUUCCUUUGGCUGUUCAAUCUUUCUUUGAUCAUCACAAAGCGUUGAAUAGCGAUGGUCACACCAUGAGUCUCUUGUCAGUCAAGGUAACAGAAUUGGUUGAUGGAGUGUGAGAAUAAACAAAAACUGGUUUUGAAGACUGAACUUUUUUUGUAUUCUUUUCCUUGACAUACAAUUACAGAGUGAGUUCUUAUUUAUACAACUUUGAGGAACAUUCUAGGUUCUUUUACCACACACCUAAUCUCAUGACAAGUGGUGAACAUCUACGCCUCCUCUAAUGACAGAAGAGAAUCAUAACGGCUCGAUAGUACAAUGUCACCAUCUUGUGCAGGUAAUGUCUUUGUCACCUUCGUAGUCAUCUGUCUCUGCUGUUUCCCUUUGUCGCAUUGUUGCAGAGAAGGACAGAGUUGUUGAACUGUCGGACUCUGUUUUGGGAGUGGGCUUCCUAGUGGGCUUCUUGGACUUGGACUUUUGUCUUGGGCUUGAUGUUGUAAA